GACGUAAUCACGGACCCGUUAUUAGUCCAGUUAUCGGAGCUUUAAUUGGAACCGUUCUGACUUUGGUUUUUGCUGCAGUGAUUACCGUAACAAUCAUGAGAUUGAGAAAACACAGAAGUAAAAAAGAAUCAACAGAAGGAACAAUUGCCGAUAAGAAUCACACGCUACUGCAGAAAGAGACAGAGGAAUUUGUGGACACAACAGACUCGAGAGAGCCUGAUGUUAUACCAGCGAUAGCCAUUGAUCAACACGUAAGAAGUGAAGCACCAAAUGAGGAAGGAGUUUCAUUUCACAAACUACGUUACAGUAAAACCCGACCUGAAAUUGGAUCUCAUGGUAUCAUUCCAGUUGGAAACACAAUGGGACAUCAGGGAGUUACAUAUGCUGAAUUAUCUCUACCCAAAAUUCCAACUGCACAACAUGGUAGACGGCAAGAUGCUCUCAAAGAGCACGCGCAGAUUGAUAUUUUUAAACAAGUGCAACCGUAUGCGAUACAGGUUGAACAUGAAGAUGAAGAAACCCAUGUAACAGCAGAGACCCCCUUAAUGGAAACCUCGUACCUCUUCAAUGCCAAGCCAAGAAGAGCCACAUUUUGUGAACGGAAUACCACAUCGACCUCAGUUUGAAAUAAUAAUAAAUAGAAAGACAUGUUUGUCUUUACUCCAGAAACUUUUUUUAAAAUACGACCCGUUUUUGUUUUUCAUGUGUCGCGAUGGUACCCCAUCAAGUUCAAAUUUCAGCGGAUGACGUGUAUAUUCCGGAGAAUAAAAGUACCAGUGAAGAAGAACGAACGUAUCUUCUUUACGAAUUUUCCAGAUAGAAAUGUUGCAUAAAGCAACUUAAGUUUGCUGAAACAUAAACAUAUGAUAUAGUGAUAAUAACUAAAUUCCAGUUGUACAAUGUAACGAUAACAAGAAGCUAAGACUUAUAUCCUAGUAAGCUUGGCACUUAUAUGUUAUGUAUUUUAUUUUGAAUUAAAGCUUCUGAAAACGUUAA